AUGUAUAAUGCAUUAAUAUUUUUAUUUUUAUUUAUUAAUUAUUGUAAAAAUGCAUCGGGGACAAUUUCAAAUGGCAAAGAUCAGAAAAAUAAUAAAGAUGAUUCUUUAGAUAUAGAUGAUAAGUGGAUAUUAUAUGACUUAGAAACAAACCCUUAUAUCGAUUUAAGGCAUCCUAAUUUUAAAGGAGAUUUUAUAAGAACUAUAGAUGAAUAUUAUGUUUAUGAAACAAAAGAAUACAAUGCAUAUAAAAAAGAAAGAUAUAAUAAUUUGAUGAAUAACAAAGAAUUUGAAAAGAAACAAUUUAAUUGUGUAAUUAGCUUUUUGAUUCAUGGAAGACCAAAUUCUAGAGAGGUCAAUGAUUAUAAAAUUUGGAGUUCUCAAGCAAAUAUAAUAAAAAAUGAAGCUAUGUCUAAACAAAAGUAUAGUAAAUUUAUUUCAUAUGCUCCCUUUAUAAGCUGUUCUAAUUUUCUAGGAAGUGGUGGUGUUCAUUCACACGUUCAUUUUGCAUACAUAACUGCUCUUAGAAUAUCAAUGACUUUAAAAAAUCUGAUUUCAGAUGAUACUUGCUACAAUUAUGAUGUUUUUUUUCAUUCUCAUUGUUUUGGAGCUAAUAUAAUUAGAAUGAUCUUAUCUUUAAAUAAUGACAUAUGGAAAAUUAUGAACAUACCCCUUAUAAAUUUAGAUUCCGAAAGAAAUACAUUGUCGAUUUUAGAAGAUAAUUUUAAAUUAACUUUAACAAAUAUAAACAUUAUUACAGAUAAAGAUAGUAUAAAAGUUAAUAAAGAUCCUUAUUUUAAAGGUCUUAAAUAUUAUUUAUACAACUCGUUUCAAGUAAAUUUGAGAAAUAAAAAAUUAACAGAACAGUUAGAUGAAAUAUUUAAUGAUGAAGACAUUAAUUACAAUGAUUUAAAUGAGGAUAUGCUUAAAGAUACCAAUAUUAAUUAUAAUAAAAGUUAUGAUAUAGGAAAUCGAUUAAAUAGAGUAAUAAAAAGACUUCAUUAUUACUUAUUAAAUAAAAAAAUUAAUUUGUUGAAUAUUACUUCUACCGCCCCUCCAUUAAGUGGUGUAGUAUGGAAAUUAGAAGAUAUUAAAAUAGGCCAUCAAAAAAAAGUAAGAUUUAAAAAUAUUCUGAAGAUUAUUCCAUCAUUUAUUAAACAUAGAAUUCUUAAAACUAGAGAUGUUGAAGAAUUAUUGUAUAUUACUAAUCCCCAAUUAUUUUGCUUAUUAUCGGUAGAAGAAAAAGUAGAUUAUGAUUAUAAUAAAAACAGAGGUUCUUUAAUUUCUUACUUUAAAAAUGUGAGUUAUUAUUCUGAUUUGGAUAAUGAUGAACUUGUGAGCAUGUACACAAGUUUAGGUUUGCAUUCUCCUGCUCAUAUGAGAUCAUUAAGUUAUUAUAUGUUAAAUUUCAGAAAUGAAUAUUAUAAUCGUGUUUUUAAAAUCCCUGCUCAUUUAUCCAAUAUAAAUGUUUCUGAUAAUGGUUACAUUAUUGAUUAUAUUCAAAGAAAUGAUGUCUGUUCAUAUGUGAAACCUAAAUACUUAGAGUAUUUUGUUUCUUAUGUUAAUGAACUAGUAAAUUAUAAUCAGAAACCCGCUCCAUAUAUUCCUCAGAGACUUGUUUACAAAAAUCCAUUUUUAAUACAUUUUAAAGUACCAGUUAAUCAAAAAAAUAAUAUAUAUACUUCUCAUUCUAUAUUAGGUACAGGUAGAACUGCAUUACUUUUAUAUUCAUAUGAUAUUUAUAAGCACAUAUCAGAAAGUGGUUUCAGUAAUAAGAAUGCCCUGGAAAAUGAGUUAGAUAAUUUUUAUGAUAUUGAUCCGUUUAUAUACUAUAACUGGAUGACAUAUGUUGGUAAUCAAACUGAACGUACUAAAGAAAAAUUCAUGAAGGAUUUAUUUUUAUACUCAGAUAAUAUAAACAUGAAUAUUGUAGAAAAUCUUUUUAAUAUGUUUACUUCAUCUCAUUAUUUGAAAUUCUUCAUUUUUCACAUACAUACUAAAGUAAAUAGCAUUGAAAACUUAUAUAAAAUAAUUAAUAGAUUUUCCUUGCCAAAGUUUAACACUGUUUUAGGAAAAAAGGAAAUAAAGAAAAUUAAAUUAUCAUUAUUAAAGAGCAAUGAACUUAACAAAAAAGAAAAGCAAUUAUAUGAUUACUUUAGUAUUUAUACAAAUUUUUUAAAAAAUUUUAGCUAUAAUAAUGCAGUUUCAUAUAUCCCCCAAGAUUCACUUCUUAAUAAACAUAAAGAUUUUAAAGAAUACCAAAAUAAAAAUAUAAAUUCACUAAAAGAAGAAUUAAGAAAGAUUCAUAAAUUUGUACAAGAAAAUAAAACAUUUUAUCAAAUGAAAAAAAAGUUGAAACAUAUGCAUAAUAUUAAAGGUAUAGAUAAUAUGGUUAGUGAUGAUAAAGAAAAUGAAGAAAUAUAUGAUGAAUUUGAAAAUUAUAAUGACAUUGAAAAUGUAAGUGAUUAUAGAAGUAUGUAUAGUUCUGAUGAAGGAAGAGUAAAUAAUUAUAGUGGUAUGUAUUUUCAUAUUAAAAGAAGUUUAAGUUUAAAAAAUGCAUUCCAAAAUAUAAGAGCAACUAAUACAUUAUAUAAUAAUGUACAGUAUAUAGAAUUUGUAAUUAAAAGUGCAAAAUUGGAAAAUGUUGAAGAUAACUUAAAUGAUCUAAAAAAUACAAAUUAUUGUUUAUUUAAUUAUGAUGAUAAAUUUAGCCUUUCAUAUAUAGUGAAUUUUUGUAAUUAUAAUCAAGAAAUAUAUUCUAAUAUAAAGAAGUAUUAUACCAGUAAUUCUAUUUACGUUCUGGAAAAUUUAAAGGAUUGUAAUUUAAAAAAAUAUAAGAAUUUGAAGUUAUGUGAAAACUCAAUUCUUCUUAAAAAAUUAUUUCAUACAGAUUUAGAUACAGUUUUGUCAAAUUUGCAUUAUAAGGAAUUUAAAAGAAUGAUUGAAAUGAAAAAAGCCAUAGAAAAGGGAAUAAAUAAAGAAGAUAUAUUUUCAUUAAGUAAUGACUCUUUAGUUACAAUACUUCACAGUAGGAAUGGAAAUAUUACAAAUUUUCAAAUCAAUGUUUGUUUUAAAGUUUAUGAUGUUUCAAGUAAUAAGGAUUUAUUCUUUAGAGAUGAUAAGGCUGAACGAGAAAGCGAUGAUCAAAAUGAUUCAAGUUUUAAGAAAAGUAAUUCAGUUUUCUGUACACAUGUUAAUCUACCAGUUAAAAUAGAUCAUCAAUUAAUUAAAAGUUUAAAUAAUAUAUAUAUGCGAGCAAUUCAUAAUAUUAUGGAAAACAAUCAAUUUCAAAAUGAAUAUGGCAUAAAUGAGCCUACAGAAUCAUACAAGUCAUUUGUAUAUUUUUUUAAUAAAUUUUCCUACGUUUAUAAUUUAAAAGAUAUAUAUGAAAACGAAAAUGAUAUAAAUUUAUUUAGCACUCCUCAAAAUAUUAAAUGGGAUCAAUUUUACAAUUUAUUAAAUUAUGAAAUAAAUACCGACUUUAAUAAUGAACAGUUUUUACAGAACUUUUUUUAUGAUAAAAAAACAGUUAUUGUUAAACCUUUUCAAAAUAAUAUUUUAAAGGACUUUUUAAUGCAUUUUACAGUAUUCUUUUACUUAUUUAAGGUUAAUUCAGUAUGA